GUGUUCAACUGCAGCCAAAUCGCCGCUCAGUCUGCCGUGAGUCUCUCCGUGGAUAUUUCACCCACGUCCUCAACAAAACAGCUGCAGUAUUACUGGACUUGUACCGUGGUAUAUAUAAUAUAAGUGAGAGAUCACCGCGCUACCGCAGUAGUACACAAUAUUUUUACAGCAACGAACGAGAAAAACGUCGACGAAAAUGUCCGUCAACUCAGCGACGAUCAAGUGCAUCGCGGUGGCCGUCGUUAUGCUUCAAAUAUCCGUCAUUUUCGCGGAUGCGGGUCACCACAGACGCGGCAAAGAGCUGUUGGACACCGAAGACAGCGACUUCUUCCGGUGCAAACAAGCCAGCAGGAAGUCGUGUUGUGGCCCGGAAAACACAAUGAAGCGAUUUGGCGAUAAAGACAAAGUAGCAGCUGACGAGUGUUACGCACAAGUAGCCGAGAAGUUUGCAACGGUUACAGCUACUACACCCAAACAAGACUUGUUUUCUGCUGAAGCUGUAAAGAUUACCAAGAAGAAGCAAUUCUGCCUUCACGAAUGUAUCGGAAAAAAAAAUAAUUUGCUCACCGAAGACGGUUCACUGAACAAAACGUUCAUAGCUGAUUACGCAAUGAAGAGCGUCUUCAAAGAACAGUGGCAGAAACAAGUGGGACAAAAGGCCUUGGACAAAUGCCUUGAGGAGACCUACAUACCGUGGCCAGCAGAAGAUAAAGAAAACGUGUGCAAUCCAGUAUACGUACAAUUCCAACACUGUCUAUGGUUGCAAUACGAAUCGAACUGUCCAGCCAACAAGAUUAAAAUCACCAAAAAAUGUGAGAAGACGAGAAACCGGUACAGGAUGCAAAAAUCGACAUCAAACUAAUGAUCUGCAACUUAAUGAUAUUACUGCUCUGAUUGACUUCCGAAUACAUAAAAUAUAUUACACACGUUUUCAGUCAGUUCGUUGAAAUUCAAAUCUAUCGUUUAGCUUUAUUAUUAUUAUUUUGAAGCAAGUACUUUUGGAGGUUUUCAAAAAAAAAUAAUUAACUGUACGGAGUUAUGAUCCCACCAUCGUAUUUUUUUAUUAUAUUUUAUUGUUUUUUUUAAUUAUUAUACCCAUAAAAAAAUCCUGUCAUUUUUAUAUGAACUGUAUUGAGGUAUUUAUAUAUAUUAUUAUAUUAUAUUGUAUUAUAAUGUCACUGUCACACAUAUACAUUAUGUACACUAUUAUCAUUAUUAUUUAAAUAUAUUAUAAUUUAUAACUUA